CACCAGCAGACGUGACCUUUGUACCUACCCUACUUCCCAGUGACCCAGACAGCUUGCCAAAACCUGUGAUCACUUUAGCCGAAAAAUCCUCUGAUGCUCAUUUUUUAUGGGGGACAGCAUCUGUAUUUGAGUUACAGAUCUCCCUAGCAGUGACGUCAGGAAUACUGAUCACAGUUCUAGUUACAGUAUUCUCAGUGUGUGUACGUCAGAGGUUGAAACAUCGCCCACAUGUCCCUAGCAAAAGAAUGUGCGGUGCUCCAGUUGUCAAUACGAAAUGUCACAGUUUUCAAGAAGAAUUGCCUUUAACUGGUCUCCGUUUAGUCGAGAAUCCAUAUUACAACAGGAGUAGAAGUAAAAAGCAUCUUCGCACUAACACAU